CUCUCUCUCGGUCUGACAGUCUUCUCAACCCACAGCGCUGCUGCGCACCCGCUAACGACACGGGCCCUGCGCCUGUAUCGUUGCGGCCUUGUGCUCCGCAUGCUCCGCCUAUGCAUCGAGCGCACCGGACACAUGACCCCGGACACGCACAUCGAACAGACAGGAUGACCUCAUCGCCGCGGCCUCACUACUCACCCCACCAACGAAGAGAGACCUCGCUGCUCCACAAGUCCCCGCCACCGUUGUAUAAAGAGUAGCAGCUCCGCGUUCUCACAUCCCCAGACUUCAGUCUCGUAGUGAUCAGUACAGAACAACUUCGAGUAACACCAACCAACAACCCAACAUGAAUCCCACCCACAGCGACGAACGCAGGGAGGGUAUGGGUGUCGGUGGUAUGCCCGGCGGCUUCGGCAGCGGCAACACCACCGGCACUACGACUGGCGCCACGACUGGUACCACUGGCACCACUGGUGCGACCACGACCUCUCACUCCUCGGGCGGCGGCCUCAUCGAGAAGGUCAAGGACUUCCUCAGCCCUAGCACUGGCACCGGCGUCGGCAGCACCGACCCCGCUGUCUCCGGCACUGGCCACCACACCGGCACCAGUGCCACUGGCUCGCAUGGCACCAACACUGGCAGCCUCAUGAGCUCCGGCACCCACGGAACAGGCACCACGACCGACCGCGUCAUGGACAAGGUCACCCCUGGCACCAACACCUACGGCUCGACCGACCCUAUGCACACUGGCAGUGCUAUGACCGGCCAGCACGGUCUUCCCGGCACUGACGGCCGCCACGGCCCCACCACUGGCGGCUCUGGCCUCACUGGCUCCCACGGCACUGGCUCUGGCCUCACCGGUGGCAACCACGGUCCUGGCACAACUGCCGACCGCACCAUGGACAAGAUUACCCCUGGCACCAACACCUACGGGUCGACUGACCCCAUGAACUCCGGCAGCGCCGUCACCGGCCGUCAUGGCCUUCCGGGCACCGAGGGCCGCUCCGCCACGGGCCAGCACGGCACCGGCAGCAUGAUGAGCUCAUCUGGACCUGGCACCACGACCGACAAGAUCAUGGACAAGAUCACUCCUGGUCAGAACACCUACGGCUCGACUGACCCGAUGAACUCGGGCAGCGCCAUGACGGGCCAGCACGGUCUCCCUGGCUCUGAGGGCCGCUCCGUCACCGGCCAGCACGGCUCUGGCCUCACCGGCCAGCACAGCUCUGGCUUCACUGGUCAGCAUGGCUCUGGCCUUACCGGUACGGGCACUACCGCCUCCCGUGGCCCCGGCACCACGACCGACAAGGUCAUGGACAAGAUCACCCCCGGCCAGAACACCUACGGGUCUACCGACCCCAUGAACUCGGGCUCGGCCGUUACAGGCCAGCACGGCGCCCCCGGCUCGGAGGGCCGCCACGGCACGGGCUCCGCUCUCGGCGCUGGCGCCCUCGGCGCCGGAGCCGGCGGCCUCGCGGGCCACCAGUACAGCCAGCACCACAGCUCGGGCGUCACUGGCUCGCACGGUCCCGGUACAACCACCGACAAAAUGCUCGACAAGGUAACCCCCGGCACCAACACCUACGGCACUACCGACCCGACCAACUCUGGAAGCGCCAUGACUGGCCAGCGUGGCCUACCCGGAUCGGAGGGCCGCCACGGCCCGACCACGGGCUCAGGCUUCACCGGCUCGCACGGCUCGCACGGUACCCACGACAGCCACACCCAUGACACCCACACGCACGGCACCCACACUCACGGGACCGGUAUGACCGGCAGCGGGAUGACCGGGAGCCGCGGCCCUGGAACCACCACCGAUAAGAUCAUGGACAAGGUGACUCCGGGCUCCAACACAUACGGCACCACUGACCCCACCAACUCGGGCAGUGCCGUCACUGGCCAGCGCGGCCUUCCCGGAUCCGAGGGGCGGGGCCACGGCAGCGCACUCGGCGCUGGUGCGGCCGGCGCGGGUGUUGGCGCCCUCGGCGCCCACCAGUACAACGAGCGCCACGGCGUGAACACGGGCUCGAGCGGCCCGGGCACCACCGGCGACAAGGUCAUGGACAAGAUCACGCCCGGGCAGAACACGUACGGCACGACCGACCCUGCUCACUCCGGGUCUGCCAUGACGGGCCGCCACGGCGCGCCCGGCUCCGAGGGCCACCGCACCGGCAACGUCGGCUUCGCUGACUCCACGUCGCCGUCCAGCACGCGCAGCGGCGGCGACCUCUCCUCGCUCCCCCGCCAGGAGCGCUCGCCCGAUGACGGCUCCGUCCCCGCCCAGGCUGUCCGUCAGGAGGGCAUGACCGCCGAGGACGCUAAGAUGCGCAUGGCCUUCGAGAAGAUGGGUAUCUCCAAGGAGGAGUUCCGCCACGACAACGACACCCACACCACCGGCACUACCGACACCACGCUGCCGGGCGGCGACCGCCGCUCAGUCUCUGGCGCCACUGGCACCUCCGGUACCACCGGCGCCACUGGCACUGGCGACCACCACCACCACUCGGGUGCGGGCACCGCCGCCACUGCAGGCCUCGCUGGCGCUGGCGCAGCUGGUCUCGCUUCCCACCACUCGGGCUCGCACUCGCACACCGGUACGGGCACCGGCAUGACGGGCGCCCACGGCACUCACGGUCCCGGGACCACCGGCGACAAGGUCAUGGACAAGGUUACGCCGGGAACGAACACGUACGGUAGCACCGACCCCACUCACUCUGGCUCCGCUGUCACGGGUCAGCGCGGCCUCCCGGGCUCCGAGGGCCGCUCUGCCACUGGUCAGCACGGUAUGACUGGCCAGCACGGCAUGACUGGCCAGCACGGAACGACCGGUCAGCAGAGCAUGAUGGGCUCCCACGGAACGACGGGCUCACACGGAAUGGCCGGCUCGCACGGCCCGGGCACCACUGGCGACAGGAUGAUGGACAAGGUCACUCCUGGUCAGAACACUUACGGAUCAACUGAUCCCAUGAACUCGGGAUCUGCUGUUACGGGCCGCCACGGUGCUCCUGGCUCCGAGGGCCACCACACUGGCUCCGGCUCCGCUCUUGGCGCCGGCGCUCUCGGCGCAGGUGCUGGCGGCCUUGCUGCCCACCAGUACAACCAGCAUGGCCAGCACGGCCAGCACGGCGACCGCGGCCUCUCCGGUCAGCACGGUUCGACUCAUGACGCUACCAUGAAGGACAAGAUCAUGGACAAGAUCACUCCUGGAAGCAACACCUACGGAACCACUCAGCCUGGUGUCUCGCCAUCUCACGGCUCUACGGGAUCGGGUCUUACUGGCUCGCACACCCACGGCACCCACGAGCGCACUCACGGCACCCACGGCACCCACGAGCGCACUCACGGCACCCACGACACCCACGGCACUCAUGGUACGCACGACCACAGCCACGGUACGCACACCCACGGUACGCACACCCACGGCACUCAUGGCACUGGCCCGGGCACCACGACCGACCGCGCCAUGGACAAGAUCACCCCUGGGCAGAACACGUACGGCUCGACGGACCCGAUGCACUCUGGAUCGGCGGUCACCGGUCGCCACGGUCUUCCAGGCUCGGAAGGCCAGCACACUGGUACUGGUUCAGCGCUCGGAGCCGGAGCCCUCGGUGCCGGCGCCGGCGGCAUGGCUGCCCACCAGUACAACCAGCACCAGUACAACCAGCACCAGGGUACUGGUGCCACUGGCACGCACGGGAUGGGUGGCGGCAUGACUGGCAGCCACGGGCCUGGUACGACUACCGACAAGAUGAUGGACAAGGUGACCCCGGGUACGAACACCUACGGGACCACCGACCCCACCAACUCGGGGUCAGCCCUCACUGGCAAGCACGGGCUUCCGGGGUCUGAGGGCCGCACAGGAACUGGCAUGACCGGCACCCACGGCGGUAUGACUGGAGCUCACGGUCCCGGCACUACUGGUGACAAGAUGAUGGACAAGAUGACGCCUGGCAGCAACACCUACGGCUCGACCGACCCCAUGCACACUGGUUCCGCCGUUACUGGCCAGCACGGUCUUCCCGGAACCGACGGUCGCUCGGUUACUGGCCAGCACGGCGUCGCAAGCUCUGGCGCUGGUGUGAUGAGCUCGCACUCGCACCACCAGGGUACGACUUCCGACCGCAUGAUGGACAAGGUUACCCCGGGAGCCAACACCUACGGGACGACCCAGACUGGUGCGGACCCGACUAUGCGCCAGCCCGACAUGCGCCAGCACGACAAGAUCAUGCCUGGUGGCCCGACCAGUGGCACGGGUACCCACGGCACUGAGCACCACCGCACUGGCAGCACGGGCUCGGGUGGCGGCCUCAUGCAGAAGAUCAAGGACAAGGUCGAGGAGGUCGUCGGCGGCAGUGGCACCGGCCAUCACAACACCGGUGCACACCCCACAGCUGUCGGCCACGGUGUCAACCCGACAACUGGCGCCGGCACCACGACCGGCACCGGAGCCGGCCUCGGCGACAGCACCACUGGUGCUUCGCGCCUCCCUUGAGCGCUGAGCAGUGUAACGAUAUUUCAUGCCCCUGUUCGAUCGUAGUUCUGAAGCCUGAAGCAAAGUUGAAAGAAGCGCAGCAGCAGACACGUAGUAGGAGCUGUAACCAGUAAUGAAGAAGAUGCAGAAGCAGAUAACCAAUGAA